GCGUGUCGCAAUAACGUCGUGCCCGUGAUGUGUUAAUGCGUUAUUGCGUUUGCAUACGCUUAUCUCUACUAAUAGUACUACUACCAUUAUUAUUAUUAUUAUUAAAGUCGUCGGGCCGCAGCUGGUCUUAUAAUAUACAACUGCAGUACUGAUCAACCACGUAUACGGACGUCGUAACGUAUUAUAACUAUAACAUCAUAACAUUGUUUUGUAAUACUUUGCUGUCGCGCGCGCUAACCGUUCACCGCUGACAUUUUACUCCCGUAAUCGCAAACAACAAUACAAUAUUAUAUUUUUUUUAAUAAAAAACUGUCGACCACCACCCACCCACCCACAUACAAGUCCGUCUGCAGGAGAUUCCUGGUUUUUCCGACGUCCGUUGCACAUCACCCGUCGCACACGACGAAUGGCGAAAAAACAAUAAUAAUAUUAUAAACAUCGCGGUAUAACUUGAAACUGUCAUCGCUGCCGGAAGUACGUUUUAUCCUAGCGGCAGCGGUGGUCACUGACCGAUGGCGACCACAACUACGGUCGGUUACGGACGGGCCGAGCCCAACGGGCCGUACGGCGGACGCUGCAGCGUCGAUCCGCCUGACAUCGAGGAGCUCCUCCGGUUGAACCCUAGACCGUUGGCCAACUGCCAAUGGACAACCACUGUGGCCAACGAUUCUGGUACGGCGGCAGGAGGAAAAGGAGUUGGAUUGAUGGCUGCCGCCGGAUCCGGACUGGCCCGGGCCCGGGCGAUAGUCAAGCCGUCCGCGGCAACGGUCAUGGAUCGCCAUCACUACAAGCGCAAUUCUUCGUAUUCCGAGGAUACCGCGGGCGUCGUGGAAGGAUGUUCUAGCGGCCUGUGGAACAAGUGGUGGACGGACAUCAAGCCCAGCACGUUGCGUGGCGGCGAGAAGGCGGCUGUUCGCGAGGCACGCCGUUGCCUCAAAUGCGCACAUGCGCCAUGCCAGCUGUCAUGUCCAACAUCCAUCGAUGUCAAAUCGUUUAUCACGAGUAUCGCUAACCAGAACUAUUAUGGAGCUGCCAAGACGAUCCUGUCAGACAACCCGGUGGGCUUGUCUUGCGGUAUGGUGUGCCCUACGAGUGAGCUGUGCGCCGGUUCCUGCAAUCUGGCCGGCUCAGACGGUGGACCUAUCAACAUUGGUGGACUGCAGCAAUUUUGUCUGGAGGUGUUCAUGGACAUGGCAGUGCCUCCUUCUGCUGUAUCGUCGGACAGCGACGGCGAUGACGACGAGGAACGAGAAGAUGGACAGCUGAAGGCCCGUGGCCAGAGUAGAUUGGCACCCAUAGCAGUGGUUGGUGCAGGUCCAGCGGGAUUGACGUGCGCCACGUACCUGAACCGGCUUGGGUACCGGCGCGUAACGGUUUACGAAUCGGGUGCGUAUGCCGGUGGUCUUAGUGCCUCUGAGAUACCAGAGUACCGGUUACCGUGGAAGGCGGUCCGUUGGGAAAUCGACCAGAUGGUCGAGCACGGUCGAGGUGGCGUCCGCCUGGAGUACGGUCGUCGACUAUUUUCUUCCUCCGCCGAGGACAGUAAACCCGGUGACAUUACGCUAAAAGACAUAUUAGACGGGCCGGAUGGCGCACAGGCCGUGUUCGUGGCCAUCGGCCUACCGGAGCCUCAACUUCCAGCCGAUCUCUUCCGUGACGUCGACGUCAGCAGUACGACGGCCACUACCCAACAUCUGGGCGUGUACACUUCCAAAUGGCUAUUGCGUCAGGCCUCGAGGUACUCCAAGCGGUUGCCCGACAACCAAGGAGGAUGUGGUGGCGGUGGUUGUGGCGGAAGUACCGGUGACGGUGGCUGUGGGUCGAAAACUGCCACUACACCCCUGCCCCCAGAUUUUCGGGGAAAAACCGUACUUGUGCUAGGCGCCGGUGACACAGCCAUGGACUGCGCGACGGUCGCGCUCAGGUGCGGCGCCCGUCGCGUCCGCGUCGUCUUCCGGCGUGGCACGCCCGACGUGCGCGCCGUCCCGGAAGAACUGGAAGGAGCUAUGCGUGAGCGUUGUGAGCUAGUUCCCCACUCGCAGCCGGUCCGGUUCUUGUUCCGCAAACUUCCAGGUGGCGGUGUGGAUCGGAUCAGAGCCGUGCAGUUCCGCCGAACAGAUGUGGAUGACCUGGAACCACUGCAGGGCUCCACCGACGACGAAGACCACUCAGCCGACGACCUGUUCGUGUUGCGCGCCGACUGCGUUGUCUCGGCGUUCGGCUCACGGUUACCGAAAGAAGUGGCGGCAGCGCUGGCGCCAUACGCAAAGGUAGACGGACGCACCGGACGUGUGUGCGUCGACGCUCAAACCGGCCGCUGUGAGUGGUGGACGGACAAUGAUAACAAAGUGGCUAACGAAAAACAGGAACCACGUGCCCCUCCACCGGUGUGGUGCGGUGGCGACGCUUCUUGCGCAACAGGAUCUGCAGCAGAUCCGUCACAGACCACGGUAGAGUCGGCUAACGACGGGAAAACGGCGGCGUAUCACAUACACCAGUAUCUGCAGGAGUUAUACGGCUAUCGUAACCAAAAUCACCAACCAUCCGUUUCGCGGCCAAUGCUGCCAGGAUUCCGAACAGCAAUCGAUGACGUGGACUUAUCUGUCCGGAUGUGUGGACUGCGGUUCAUGAAUCCGUUCGGACUGGCCUCAGCACCGCCCACGACGAGCGCUGCGAUGAUCCGCCGAGCAUUCCAAGCUGGUUGGGCGUUUGCAGUCACCAAAACGUUCGGACUGGACAAGGACUUGGUAACGAACGUGUCACCACGUAUCGUAGGACUGGGUGGGCACGGUGUGGGAGUUGGUUCGGCUGCCAGUGGUAUAGGACCAGGUACUCUCGGUGCCGGAGACUCAGACGUGGCUAGAAACGCUUUUUUGAACAUUGAAUUGAUUUCGGAAAAGACAGCCGCAUACUGGUUGCGCUCCAUUCGGGAACUGAAGCGUGAUUUCCCGCAGCACAUUCUAAUUGCCAGCAUAAUGUGUGCGUAUAUCGAGAACGAUUGGACAUCGCUUGCGAGGUUGGCGUGCGAUGCAGGUGCUGAUGCGCUGGAGCUGAACCUAAGCUGUCCUCAUGGCAUGGGCGAAUCCGGAAUGGGUCUGGCGUGCGGACAGGAUCCGGUGUUGGUGGAAAACAUUUCGCGAUGGGUCAAGCGGGUGGCGGUGCGACCGGCCAGUGACGGUGGGACGCCAACGGCCGUUCCAGUGUUUGUGAAGAUCACGCCCAAUGUUACGGACGUGGUUGCCGUGGCUCGAGCAGCUGUGCGACUCGGUGGAGCCGACGGGGUGACCGCGGUCAAUACGGUAUCAGCCCUCGGCCCGUUGGACGUAACCGGUAACGGCGGUCGACCGUGGCCGGGAGUUGGCAGAACCACUGCGGAAACACCAAGAACCACGUACGGCGGAAUGUCAGGCACGGCGGUCCGGCCGAUGGGAUUGCGGGCCGUUUCAGCGUUGUCCCGGGCCCUGGGGCCAGACGCGACGGCCGGUGGUGACGGAGGACCACCUGUCCAAAUAAUGGCCACGGGUGGUGUGGACAGCGCCGCGGCCACGCUCCAAUACCUGUACUGUGGCGCCAAAGUCGUGCAGGUGUGCAGCGCUGUCCAGAAUCAGGACUUCACGAUCGUCCAGGACUAUAUCACCGGACUAAAGGCGUUGUUAUACAUGACCGGCCGUGGUGGUGAAGAACAGCAGGUAGAACAGCGUCGCCCCACGGCCGCGCUGGUCAAGGACUCGAUCGACCUGUCCGACGACUAUGAUAUCGUAUCGACGACGGCGGUGGUGGCCGAUAAAAACGGUGGUAAACCGAUGUUCGGACCGUACUUGAAGAACAAACGUUGCGAACAGGCGUCUGGUGCGGCAGCCGACAUGGUCGACGCGAUCCAGGGAAAAAAGUCGAACGGAGUGGAUCGGAAGCCAGUGAUAACGGUUUCGGCACCGAAAGGGACCAAUGACGGACUGGUUCCAGCCACGGUGUCGACACCGGUGGAACUGGCCGUGGGCCGCGCGCUGAAAGCCGUCGGCGCAUACAAAUCGCUCGACCGUCGAGCACAGGUCGUGGCUCUGGUGAACGAGGACUCGUGCAUCAACUGCGGAAAGUGCUACAUGGCUUGCAAUGAUUCCGGUUACCAGGCGAUUACUAUGGAUCCGAAAUCACAUGCCGUUCACGUCCAACCUGACUCGUGCACGGGUUGCACGCUGUGCUUGACGGUGUGCCCGAUUCCCGGUUGCAUCAGCAUGGUUGAAAAGACGGUACCACACGUGGUUAACCGCGGCCUGGGCCUCCGCCAACUCGUGUCCACGUACGCGUGUCCCAACGACGGCGAUUACAUUGGCCAGCAGUGCUGCUCGGAGGAACAGGAUGACCGCGGUAGUCCUGCGGUAGCGACUCAGGGACGGUCAGGACUAUGAUAUUAUUCUCACCGCCAAAAAAAUUACCUAAACACGUCCCCGCGAUUUAUGUCCGCGCGUGUUAAAUCUCUUAACGGCACCGAUCGAUAAUAAUAAUAAUUAUUAUUAUUAUUAUGAUUGUUCGAAUCGAAGCGUCUAACGGCGAUUUAUAAAUAUAUACAUAGUAUUUCAUACAAAUAUAUUAACUGAUUUUACAACUAAAUAGGAUUUUAGCAUGUAGUAAUAUCGGUAUUCUACGCUUAAGUUAUUUUUAUUAAAUGUAGCUGUAACUCGAUGCAGUAUAGAAAUAGUAUUAUAGUAGGUACAUGUAUAGUAGGUUAUUAUGUGUAGAUAGGUUACAUAUACAUUGUACACAUUAGAAUUAGGUACUCGUCACACCAUUCAAAAUCGUAUAUUAUAUAUUAUAUUUAUAAUAUUAUCUUAUUAAUUCUUUUAAAUAAGUUUAAAUACCCGUUGAUAUUAAAUAAUAGUUAGUGUAAAAAAAGUCGUAACAAGCGAUAAUGUGAUAUCGAAAAUUUGUAAUGUACCUAUAACAUUAUUAUAAUAUUAUGUACACGUACGCAAUAUUAUUAUACCUAUAAUUUAAUUGAAAAUAUUUAUGAUAACAUUAUUUAUGCUAUAUAAUAUAAAAUAUUAUGUAUCUAUAUGAGUACAAUGUGAUGUAUAUAAUUAGAAAUUCCAAUGUCUCAUAAUAUGCUUAUGUUGCUUAUGUAGCAGCUAAUAAAAAUAAUAAAAAACAACCAUA